CAAGCCGCUCUAACCUCCCCAAAACCCCUCGGCAAAACCCCCCACCCCCCUUCUCCACGCCAAAUCUUGCGAAAUAACGCUCCUUUUCCUCCGUUUCCUCUCCCGAUUCAACCUCCUCUUGCUUCCGCCAUUAGACAAGAGUCUCGAGCUCCGAGGUCUCGCCAUGACGAAGCAGAAUGUGGUGGUGCCGGAGGCGAUGGCCAUCUCGGUGGCUGCCGUGGCCAACUCGUCGCCGCUCUUCCCCUACCUGCCGCCGCGCAGCGGCUGCGGAGCCGGUGGCGCCGGCGGGUUUGCCCUGAAGAAAAAAUAUCUCUCCCAGCUGGAGCUCGGCGGGGCGAGGAUCAAUGCGUGGGUUGAGUCCAUGAAGGCCUCCUCCCCCACCCACGCCAAGGCCGCCGCUGCCCUCGCCGUCGCCCCUUCCGUCGGCGCCGUCGGCGCCCAGGACGAACAUGCCACCUGGAUUAUGCGGCACCCUUCGGCUCUGAGCAAAUUUGAACAGAUCAUUAGCGCCUCUAAAGGGAAGCAGAUUGCGAUGUUCUUGGACUACGAUGGAACGCUCUCUCCGAUCGUCGACGACCCCGACUUGGCCUUCAUGUCCGACGCGAUGAGAGAUGCUGUGAGGAAUCUCGCGCGGUACUUCCCCACGGCGAUCGUCAGUGGGCGGUGCCGAGACAAGGUGUAUAACUUUGUGAGGCUGGCAGAGUUAUACUACGCUGGUAGCCAUGGCAUGGACAUCAAAGGCCCUGCCACAGGACCCAGAUACAUGAAAGCUAAGGCCAAGGCAGUUCACUUUCAACCAGCUAGUGAAUUCCUCCCCAUGAUAUAUGAGGUUUAUAAAGUUUUGUUGGAGAAAACCAAAUCCACCCCUGGUGCCAAGGUGGAGAACAACAAGUUCUGUGUGUCUGUCCACUACAGAUGUGUAGAUGAAAAGAGUUGGAGUGGAUUGGCUGAGCAGGUGAAGUCAGUGCUCAAGGAAUACCCCAAGUUGCGGCUCACCGAAGGAAGAAAGGUCUUGGAGAUUAGACCAACUAUUAAAUGGGACAAGGGGAAGGCCCUAGAGUUCUUGUUGGAGUCUCUUGGGUUUGCCGACUGCAACGAGGUGUUGCCUGUGUACAUUGGAGAUGAUCGCACCGAUGAGGAUGCUUUCAAGGUCUUGCGUGAUAGGGGACAAGGCUUUGGUAUACUUGUUUCCAAGUUUCCAAAGGAGACAAAUGCCUCUUAUUCUCUCCAAGAGCCCUCUGAGGUUAUGGACUUUUUACUUCGCCUGGUGGAGUGGAAGCGCCUUUCUUUGAAAGCUCGGCCAAGGGUGUAAAUAGGAUAAAAAGGUGCCCUACCACCCCUGUCAAAGCUUGCACGUAUGGGAUUCGAUGGAAUGAGGAGCUAUAUAUUCCUUUGCUUAGGAAGAACAAAAACCCCUAAAUUUAACGUUUUGUACUUUAGCCUACUUUAUUUCUUUCCCCUCUUUUUCGGGUCUUUUCAUGGGCUUGGAAGCAUUGCAAAACUAGCUUUCUUGCCCCUACACAAGAAGCUCAAAGCUUGUAAUUAGUUCUAUGUACAAUAGGAAAAGAAGAAAUAGCAAUUGUUUUCUUUCUGUAAAA